AUGCUUUACAAAACUUUUGUGCCCCUUCUUUUGCUGUCAGCUUACACCAAAGCCGAGGAAACCACCACUUCGCAGGUCACCGUCACUGUGACGAAGACCUUGCUAUCGCCAUCCGAAAGCUCUGCUUUAUCGUUGUCGUCCGCCUCUGCUGCCUCUGCGUCUGCGGCGUCGGUUGCCAGUGAGUCCUCCGCUUCAGCUGCCUCUGCUGCCUCUGCUGCUAGUGCGGCUUCUGCCUCUGCUGCUUCCGCUUCUGCUGCCUCCGUCGCGGCAGCUUCUGCUGCUUCUGUUUCUGAGGCCUCCGAAGCCUCUGCUUCCGCCGCUUCUGCAGCCUCCCUUGCUGCUGAGUCUUCUGCUUCGUUGGAGAAGGCCAAGGGUCUGCUGGCCAUUGCUUCUGCUGCUACUGUGAGCUCCUCCCAGGGGGUUUCCCAGAGCUCUGCUCAGUCCAGCAGACGGUCAACAGUGCCAUCCUCAACUUUGAGAACGUCAUAUGUGACAUCCGCAGCUCCAUCCUCUUCGAGGGCUCCAAUAAGAUCCUCUGUGGCUCCUUCGUCCGCUUACAGCAGAUCCGCCGUUAAGUCCUCGAGCAGCUCUUCCUUCUCGAGCUCUAAGUCGAAGACGACCAAGUCCAGCUCGAAAGCCAGCUCAAGCUCUACUUCAGUCUCCACCCACGAUGACGAAGGAACUUCCACUGCUGCUUCCUCUUCUUCUUCCAGCGCUCAAGCUAACGGAGUGGCUCCAAUAAGUGGUCUCACCUUCGGCGUGGCCGGAAUUGUUUUGGCUGCCCUGAUCUAG